ACAAAAAAAAAAUGAAAGGGUUCCUUUCGGCGCAUCUUUUUUUCUUUCAAUCCGUAAACCUUAUCAGUUGUUAUCGAACGACAGCAUAGAAUCAAUUUAUCGUGGAUUGCGAUUGUUCACCACCUGAAAGGUACGCAAAAUGGUGUACCGUGCAAUAGAAUCAAUUGAGCGUGGUGUUAUGAGCCAGGUGGCGGACUCAGAAUCGGAGUUUUUUGGGUUUGAUGAUGGAGAGGAUGCUUUUGAUGCGAAUAAUCCGGCAGAAGCUGAUGAAAAAACAGCAACGGAGCCUCCCGAUAUAGGGAAGCAAACAAUAUUCAGUUGUGAACAGUGUGGUUUGAUCUUCCGCAAGCGGGAUGAUUUCGAUCGACAUCGGUUUGCUCACACCGGAGUUCGCGAAUAUCGCUGUCCAGAGACAGGUUGCAUCAAGGAGUACACUAAUCGGAGUCACUUGAAUCGUCACAUUCGUGCUAAUCAUCGCGAGAAGCCUCCUCAACCGGGGAAUGUAUUACGAUGCAAGCAUUCCACUUGCCCCAAAACAUUCUUCCACGAGCAGAGCAUGCGGCGACACUACGAGCUCAAACACGUCCUCGGAAAGUCCUGGAGCUGUCAGGAAUGUGGUGAGAAGUUUUGGCGCAAGCUGCAGUUGAAGCGACACAUGUUCAAGCAUACCGGUCAGUAUCCACAUCAGUGUCAUGUUUGCGAGAAAGGAUUCAUCAAUUUAAGAUCGCUGCGCAAUCAUCGCAUGACGCAUGCCUUACAUCGAUGCGAUUGUUGUGCGGCCGAGUUUAUCCGCUGGAAGGAUCUGGUUGCUCACAGGAGGCUUCAGCAUGCGACUCUGUAUCAAUGCGUAACUUGCCAGAGGAAAUUUCCCUCCAGAAAGAACCUCAAGGCGCACGUGAAGGUUCAUCGCAAAAGCCAGGAGAAUAGCGACCAGGAAGUGUUCCAAUGUCCCCACGAAGGAUGCCCGAAGUUCUACGACUACGAGCGAAACCUCGUAGCACACAUACGAUCCAAGCACGAGGGAACCCGGCGGUACGUUUGCCCGGUGCCGAACUGUGGCCGAUCAUUGUCCUCUAAUCAGACAUUGGAACACCACAAACGCCUGCACGAAUCUGCCGCGCGUAGUGUCCCCCGAAUGAAGGCCCCGAACAAACCGGGCGCAAAGCGGAAAGACACUGGGGUGCCGAAACGGUCAACCGCUUCACGAUUGGCCAAUGUGCAUCUCGAGCCGCAAGCGGAGAAGGUCUUGAUCGAGCAGAGUCCCGAUCAGAGACCUCAGCUGGAGUUGGAAUAUUCCUUCUCGAUGGAAUCCGCUUCCGAAUCCGAAGUUGAAGCAAGCGGGAAGGUUGUGACGGUCCUGGAGGGACAACUAGCCAAGAUUCAACAACAAAUCAAGCUACUGCAGGAGCAGUCCAGCAAGGGAUGAAGUAUUUGUAAGUUUUUCGGCCAUAAGAAGGAAACAUUCUUAGUCAUUGCAUUAGCUUAAAUAAAUAAUAUAAUUUAUUCAUUCAAGAAGAAA